UUGUUACACCUCACUGUACUUUCCGUAAUCUUACUGGUGGUGCUGUGGUUGUCACGACUUGGAUGGUCCUUCGCGGGUCUCCUAGUAUGGAAGAAUUUGUCAAAGCUUUCCAAGGAGGUGUUCUUCCACUCGGCAAUUUCUUACGUGCAAUUAGUGAAGGAUCGAUCCGAUUUACAGUCCAAGCAAAUACUAUUUCUGCUCUCGAGAAACUGUGGCAAAGCUAUCAGGACAAAACACUUCAGACAAAGUUACAAGAGUUUCUUGUUACUCAGGAAAUAAAGCAGCUUGCAGAUGGCCAAGUGACGUUGACUGUGCCCAUUGACGAGGAUGAGUACAGAAAUGCCUUGUUCGAUUUUAUCAAAUCAGAAACAGAAGGUUUAGAGACGAGAGGCGAAGAAAAAAGAGGAUUGAAAUAUCGUACAAGCUCUGAUUCAGACCUCUUAAGAAUGCGAGGACUGGUUUCAGAGAAUGGAAAAGAUGUUGCUCAAGUUAAAGAGUUUAUGUCAUUUCAAGGAAAAAUCCGUGGUGAAGAGUUCCUAGAAAAUCUUCCAGAAACUGAGAGCAUAAUUGCGCGAACGAUUGAUAGUGGUGAAGGUACUUGGAGAAGUGCUCCCUCUGAAUGCGGAUCCGAAGAAGGCGCCGAAGAAAGCAUUCAAGAAAAGCUCAACCAGGUCGAAGAAUGGAUAACAGAUGCCAUGGAACAUUUGGACAGGGCUUUGUCAAAACUUGGAGGAACAGCUCUAACUGAAGCAAUCUUGAGAGUCAGGGUCAAUCCUGUGAGGGAAGAACUGGAAAAUUGCAGAGAGACGAUUCAUAACUUUAAAUCAGGAAAAGUGAUUCGAGGCGAUGAAAUGGUAUCAGUUUUAUGUAUAGCCAAAGAAUCCCUUUUAUCACCGAAACUUAGUACUGAAGGGGCUAUACAAAUAAUGAAAACCUAUCUGCAGUUAGAUCAAGAUCAAUUAACACACCCAACCAUAGAGGGUAAGAAGAACAUCCGUCUCAUGGCGAGAGCAGCCAAACAUUCAAAUAGGACUGACGUGUUCCAUUAUUUAAGAACCAUUACACCACCAGGAACAACAGGUCCUCUCUUACCGGAUGAUAUGCCUAUUAACUACAUCCCUCUCCGAACAUUAAGACACCUAACAAUCCGCUUGUCAGGUGAAGAUGAGUGGAAGGUGAUUGCAGAGAAAUUGGGUUCAACACCUGAGGAGAUUAGAUUUCUUGGCAUACGUGAGCGGAACCCCAUGCAAACUGUGCUAUCAUUUGUUCGCGGGAGGAGAUUAACAACAGUAGGGACACUUUAUGACUACAUAAAUGAAAGUGGGUUGCCUGUAGUAGCCGAUCUUCUGUGAGUGGCUCAGCUUAAAGUGAGAGGACAUCCCUGUCCGUGGCAAAAGGUGAAUCUACUUCCACUAACCCCAUUUGAUCAUUGUGGCCUUAUGACGUAACAGUCGUAGAUACAAGGUUUUUUGUUUUAUCUUUAGUUUACUUGUGCGAUCACUUUUUUUUUCACUUGCCUUUUGCACGGAGUUUUUCAGUUUGUAAAGUUAGAGAAGUUACUUCUUUUACCUAUUGUGAAUUCAGAGUAACUAAACUGUAUUUUAGUGUUCAAAAAAGCUCCAAGGAAUAAUUCUUGGUAUAUGUUUCUCUGAGUUGUAAAAUAUCUAGUCAUGUUUAAUAAUUACAGAGGUACAAGAAUGCCAGUCUAUCCCAGUCAGAAGUUGACGAGUACUACUUUAAAUUCAAUAGGCAUAUCAGUGAAAAAGAAAUGAGCUGCUUUAUUGUCAUACCCACGAUCUGAUGUGUACCUGUUGGGUCACUUGCCUCGGAGUGGACAUUUAAAUUUACACGCAAUGCACAACACUUGAAUAGAUAUGUCACAGUGUGUGUCAUUUCAAACAUGUAAUCAACCAGAUUUUCCUGAUGUCCACCCUUUCAAAAUUGAUUCGGGAUGGGGUGUUCCUACAAAAGUGUAUUAUAAAAUUUCAGCUGAAAAAAAACAAAAAAACUUACAGACCAUUCUCAAGAACAAACCCUCCAUGGGGGGUACUAACUUUCUUGGUUUGUUGCAUAGUUCCGUACUGGUAACUUAUUGGGGAGUGGGCUCAAUCAAUCUCGGCUUCCCAAAGGAUGAGGGACUUAAUAAGAAAGGGGUGGGAACUCGUGUUUUUUUUUGUCAUACUGUAAACUACUGAGGUGAUACAACCUUCAAGAGAGCGUCAGAAGCGACUUAAUCUUUCAUAAGGAUGUAAUUGUUUCAUAAUAUUUAGGGUACAUCAACCUUUUUAUCAUAGUCAAGUACCAGAAUAGUGUUGAGAUAAGGCAAAAACGUUCUUUUACCGUAAUUGGUUCUGGUGCUCCUCGGUGAAAACUCCUGAUAACGUUUACGUUUUAUACCGUUCUGUGGGACCAUAGUUAGUAGAGGGGACUACUAACUAUGGUGGGACCUUUGAUAGUAAACUCAGUAUUAUUAAAAAGCAUGUGUCAAAACAUCUUAGUCAAAUGCAGUUACAAAACUUUUAAGAAAAGAUCUUCCCUCUUAAUGUAACUCUAGGAUCGUAGACAUCUUGCACGGAUUGUAUUGCUAGAGAUGAAGGAUUUAGGGCAGCGGCUAUCUUAGUUAGUAUUGUGUCUUGAUAUAGUAUCUCAAGUAGCUUUUGUAUACGGUUGGCGUUUUAAUUUAGUGACCGUCAUAAACACAAAUAAAGGUUCAAACUAAAAAA